UGAGGCCUUCUCUCCUUCUUGUUUCCUCUCUCUCCCUGUCAAACUCAGUGUGUUAAUAAUUCAUACGAAGAAACUUCGGUUCUUGUGCUUUCAAGAUGGAUAUUGAGAUUCCAUGGAAUCUUACCACGAAUUGGGAAGUUGCCCUAGGAUCCCUUCACUCUUCACUUCGCAUAGAGACAACGCCGCAAAUCUCAUAUGAAACCUCAAUUGAUGAAGAUCCUCUGGUUCUUGAGCCAUCUCAAGAACCAGAGCCCUGUGAAGUCACGAUCAGUUUCAAGCAAAGGCAUGUCAUAGAACGUGUCUAUGUCUGCAGUACUGCUCGGGUAUAUGAAAUAUAUUAUGGAACUGAUCAAAACAAUGUAAAUGAGUAUCUUUGUACUGUUCGAUGUGGAGUUGUGUCUAGAGAAAAGGAAUCAGUUCAACCAAUCGAAGGUCGGUCAUCUUCUGAUUGCUCUAAAUUUUCAACAGAAUUUAUGGAAUCACCCAUAGAGCCAACUAAGAAUGACAUCCAAAGUGCCGACGAAGAUAGCUGGGUUGAAGUGAAGGUUCGUGAUUCUAUUGUUCUGGAAGAAGUUGCUAGUUCUGGGUCUAAGAAAUCAGGUGAGAAAGGGUGCAAAAGUGAGCUCAUCUUCUAUGAGGCAGCAGCAGAGAUUUCAGAUGCAGAGCCAUGCAUGUGUCUCAAACUUCGAUUGCUCUCACUUCAGGAUAAGGCAUCUGUUUGUAUAGAAGAUAUAUCUGUUACUGCAGAGCCUGUCCAAACGAUAGAGGCAGAAAGUCCUCCGCGACAAAUGGAAAGCUCAGCAGGGUCACUAUUGGCAAUGCUUGUUCCAAGCCUUCUGCAACUAAGGGGAACUGGAUUCACUCGAAUGCAAAGUAAACCAUUUUCUGAUGUCAGAGGAAGGCAGGAAUUCCCAGAAAGUCCAUCAAGAGCAACAGAGUCCAUUGCUCCUUUAAGGAAAAUGGCAAAUGGGACAUCUUCAACACAACCAGAAGCUCAAGAGGAGAGACAUAAGGAACAAGCAGGAAAUCAACAUGGCAGGAUAGGGCCAGAACUUGGUGAGCAAAUAACAUUAAUUUAUGAUACAAUCACACAUAAGGAGCAAGCAGAUGAUGAAAACGUACACAGGGGAUCAGAAGCUGGUCGACAAGUACCACUUAAAGAGAUAUCAGAGACACCAAAUGCAAGAGAGAUCAAUGCUGAUGGAACUGUACAAUGUGAAAGAUUAUCUGAUCGCUCAUAUUUUGAGCAUGCAUUGGAGCAGCUGUCUCAACGAGUGGACAAGAUCGAGGCUUUCUGUUCAAGGGUCGAGGAAAGCAUGUGGAAGCCACUUGGCAUCAUGGAAACAAGGCUUCAACAAAUUGAACAGAAGCUUGAAGACCUAAGUUUGGCUCAUCAAUCUUCUUUAUUACACUCGAACCCAGGCACUGCAGCCCACGAAGCUUCUAGCUCUGCCUCCAAUUCAGAUUCUCCUUCAGUUUCUGGGAAUCCCAAUCACAUCAACAAUGGGAUAAGCCCCAUAAAUCAAAGCUUUUACAAUGGUGAUGACCAUGAUGUUAGCCAUGUUGAUAAUGUCAAUGGUGUUGUUGAUAUUGGUGUUAGGAGUAGUGAUGGUGUUGAUGGUGCUGAUGGUUUUGAUGUUCAUGCUAGUGUUGGUUCCAGUGAUGGUAAUGGUACUUGUAAGGAAUUGGUACAACAAGAUGCUGUUGAUGUGUCUGAUGAAAUUGUAUUGAAACCCCGUUUCUCUAUUGAUGAUGCAUUGGUUUCUGCUUUGACUGCAUUUUCUGCAUCAGCUUGUGCCUCUACUGAGAUUUGCAGUGAAGAACUCGAUAAGCCUACAUUGAACUGCUGUGAUGAUAGGGUAGAAAAUGAAAAUCCUGGCACAACCGAUUCCUGCGAUAGCAUUCAACAUCAAGAGCAAGAGGAUCAUUGUGUGGGUUGCUAUGAAUACAAUGGAUUGGGUUCUGAUUCAACUUCAGUCCAGUAUGUUAGUCAGGGGAGUAUGGUUUCUUCUCCCUGCAAUUCACCUUCCCAUAAUGGUCAAGACCGAAACCUGAGUCAAGAACAGUGGCCUGAUGAAGUUGAUAUAGAUAUGGCUUGUACUGUAGAUGUCCCGGGUUGCAACAGCAGUGAAAUAAAUGAUCUGAAUUACCCACAUGGUCUGAUUAUUAAUGAACCUGCCCCUAGUUUCUCUCUCUUGGAUGUGGAAUUCACUUCAAGCAAGGAUUUCCAAGGAGGGAUUUCACUAGAAGCUCUUCUAGGUGAUUUUUCUGUGAAUGAAGGAGAGCCCAAAAGGGAUUUUCAAGGAAGGCUGCCACUUGAAGCUCUUCAAGAUGAACGUCCUGCAAGUGAGUUUAACAAAGCAGCUAUUAUUCAGGAAGUUGACCUGUUCUAUUUGGAGGGUGAAGUACAGAAUGAUGAUCGAGUGGACAAGCUGUUCUUUACAGAGGAUCAAGAGCUGAAAGAUGUCAAAAUAAGCAAUCUGUUCUUCAUAGAGGAUGAAGGGCUACAGGAUCCUAGCGUAUUCAGCGUGAUAUCCCAGGCCAGUGGAUUGAAUGUGGAUCAAGCCAUUGUUGCCGAAACUUUUACGAGCCUUAUAUAGCAAUGUGAAGUGGAGAAAACAAUAUGGGGUAAACCCUGGCUAUUUGUCUUUGCAGUUAUUCCUACUUUCUUAUAUGUAAAUAUUCUUUAUGCACAAUCCCAUAAUGAAUGAGCUUUGAGGUGAUGGUAUGCAUAUAAAGGCAUAUGAUCUUUCUGGAA